UUCCUCGAGCGUGAAUAAUCGAUGCUCUCUCUCUGAUCUUGGAAUCAAGCGAGCGGUACACACAAAUCAAAAUUAACAAGGAAAUAAAACAAGCAAGAUGUCUGGGAGAGCAACUGCAAAGCGAGGAAAAAAUAGAACCAAAUCAUCCCGAGCAGGAAUCACCUUCCCGGUUGGCAGGGUGUACAGGUUCCUCCGAAAAUGCACCCACCAUCAACGAAUUGGUGUUGGGGCGCCAAUUUACCAGGCGGCUGUUAUGGAAUAUUUGUGUGCUGAGAUAUUGGAGCUGGCUGGAAACGCUGCAAGGGAUAACAAGAAAUCCCGGAUCACGCCACGCCAUAUCCUGUUAGCUGUAGCUAAUGACUUAGAGUUGCACAAGUUGCUUCAAGGUGUCACAAUCCCACAAGGAGGAGUUGUUCCCCAUAUCAAUCCUGAGUUAUUAAAAAAGAGAAAAAAUGGCAAACUGAUCAGCCCUCCUGAGCCAAAAGCAAAAGUUGCAAAGAGCCCUAAAAAAGGGGCUAAAGGAUCUCCAGUUAAGGCUGCCAGUGAAGCAAAAAGCAAGGCUGCUACACCAAAGAAGGGGAAGGGAAAGAAGGCAGCAGCGAGCUCAGACGAUCAAUCUAAAGGAAUUGUUGUGUUGUCAGAAAAGUCACUUUUCUUGGGACAGAAGCUCUCAGUAGUGGAAGGAAACCUCACUGACUUUGAGGUUGAAGCUUUUGUACACCCAACAAAUGCAAAGUUUUCACUAAAUGGUGAUGUGGGAACCUCCCUGACUACCGUUGGUGGUGAUGACUUUGUUAAAGAAGUUGAAGCCUUGCAUAAGUCACAUGGAGAUCUGGAAGUAUCCGGAGCCAUGAUUUCCGAUGCGCCAAACCUCAAGGCCAAGUACGUCAUCCAUGUGCAUAGUCCAGUUUGGGGAAAAGGGAACCCUGUGGAGGAGCUGGAGAAAGCUGUCCACAAUGCAUUGAGUCUUGCCGAUGAAAAAUCCUUGACUAGUAUUGCAUUGCCUUCAAUUGGAAGUGGAAAGAACAACUUCCCGAAGCAAACCGCUGCCCAGACUAUCUUGAAAGCCAUCUCCAACUACUUCGUUACAGUCAUGUCAUCAUCUUUAAAGCAGAUUUACUUUGCUUUGUACGAUAUGGAAAGUAUUGGUGUCUACACGAUGGAACUUGCCAAGUUAGAGUAGCCUGGUUCAUAACAAGCAGAAAGGACAUGUUAUGUUUUGUUUAUAUUAUAGUCCGUAAGUAAAAAGUUCCAAAAGCUCAGUAGAAAAGCCUUGGAAUUCGGCUUAGUCUUGCUCCGAUACAACCUUUCAUCCUGUCUUCUCCUUUGAAGUUAUUAGGCCUUUGUGUAAAGCUUGUAGAAUAAAGAAUGGCCGUACUACUGUUAUAUAGCGUAGAAAACGCUGCAAUAUUUAUGCUCCUAUAGACUGCAUUCUUGUUUUCCAGCCCCAUAAGGAAGCGUCCGAUACUAAAUAGCACCUUCAAGAUUUGAUUGAGAGCGCUUAAAUUGAAAAGCUCAGAUUUUUGUUUUUUCCUCAUUUCUUUUUAUUUUCACCUUCAUUUGUUUUUAUCAUUAUCCUUUUAACCCAAUAGCCUAGCCUGAAAAAAACGACAGCUGAGAAACCGACCUAUAAAGUAGGCCCAAACAAAUCUUGCAAACAAAUCUUUGUCGAUGUUUAUCAAUUAUCCCCCUCCCCCUCCCCCCAUGAUUGAUAAGUUACUUUUACAUUUCUCAGGUUUCUAGCCCCUUGAAACCAAAAUCAUGGCGAUUUUCUCCUGAAUACUUUAAUACUUUUUCUCAUUUUCUCAGGCUUGGCAAUCUUUUUCUCAAGGUGCAAUUUUAAUGUCUUUUUAUCAGAAGGUACCGUUGUACUAUCAUUUUGUACCCAACAGCAACAGCAAUAAAUUUUAAUUUUUUUAACUUCUUCAUAUCCUCAUUUACAUUUUAAUUUUACGUAUUUGAAGAUCUUAAGUAAAGAUAGUAGAUCAUUAGCCCGAUUUGCAAUCAUGUUUGUGUUU